CUUGUCUGACUGACUCCAUCCCUCGUUCGCCCCGAUGCAAACCAGAGUCGAGCCUUUUUUCUGUCAUACUUUUCCUACCACCUCCUUGCUCCCCCAAAACCAUCCAGCACAAUGCUUCCUCUCUAACACGCGACACAAAGACAAGAGUGUCUGCUCCUCUUGGUCUCUCUCCCUUCCUCUUCCUCCCUCUCCCGCCAUCACACAUCACAUCAGCCCUACAGUACUGCCCGCACACCUCGGCGUCAGCCGAGCUCGCCAGUGUUUCGGCCGUCGCCUCACGACUCGAGAGAAAAUUUCGAGUGCCACAAGGCAGCGCGAGAUCGGCUCGACCCGCUUAGGAGACCAGACAAAUUAACGGAGAAAGAAUAGACGGCAACGCCAAAGCGAACAGCAAUUGGCACCGCAAAACCCUCCGCAGAGCCCUGCUCCAAAGCAGAUCCAUCUGCUCGACCUCUGUUCCUUUGCCCGGGCUCGACCAAGAAGCCGGAUCCAGUCAGAGCCUCUGACGAGCCGCCCUGGCUUCACCGACGCCGCCCGCUCCGCUCUCGCACGCCGCCCCGACGCGGAGCUGCUUCUCCAAAUCCCAAUUUUUUUUUCCCUCCCUUCCUCCUUUUCGCUUCCCUGUUCGCCCCAGUGGCUCAGACACACCACCACCAACGUUUGCCAAGCGCGAUCCAAGUGCCGUUCGACCGAGGCUAUCUCGCGUCGACACCACUGCCCACCCUUCUCGCUACCACCCUGACCUACUCGCUUGUCAAGCGCAGGUCGCGCCGAUCUCAUAACCAUGGUUCGUAACAUCGUCGUCCUCGGUGGAAACUCCCACCCGCAGCUGGUCGACGAAGUCUGCGGCAUCCUCGGCAUUCCUCCCUGCAACCGCAUCCUGUCCAAGUUCGAGGUCGGCGAGAGUCGCUGCGAGAUUAAGGACUCGGUCCGCGGCAAAGAUGUCUAUAUCAUCCAGUCCGGAGGCGGCAAGAUCAACGACCACUUCAUUGAGCUCUGUAUCAUGAUCUCCGCCUGCAAGACUGGAUCUGCGAAACGUGUGACUGCUGUUCUGCCCUUGUUUCCCUACUCCCGCCAGCCCGACCUCCCGUACAACAAGUCAGGCGCGCCUCUGUCGAAAUCUACUACCGACCCUGGCAAGAAGGAAUACACGUUCGAGAGCGUCCCGCCCACCCCCGCACCUGGUAUCCCCAAGACAGCCGGGCUCACCAACGGUGUCGACAUUACCCACAUGCUGCGGGAAAGCUCAUACACCAACGGCAACGGCCCGGCGUCCCCGAGGCCCACAGCAGCUUCUGCAGACAAUUAUUUUGCAAAGCAGGACACAAACGGCGCCAACGGCCGGGCCCCCAACCAUCACGCUCCAAACUCUUCAACUUCGUCCAUCGCUCGGGCCUACACCACCCACGACUACGAGAACCCCUCCUUCAUCAACCACUUCCAGGCUCGCCCCGGCUACAAGCAAUGGGUGGCCCAAGCCGGCACCCUGGUCGCCAAUCUGCUCAGCUGUGCCGGCGCCGACGGCAUCAUCACCCUGGAGCUUCACGACCACCAAUACCAAGGAUUCUUCGACAUUCCCGUUGACAACCUGUACGGGAAGCCGCUGCUCCAGCGCUACAUAGCAUCCAACAUCCCCAACUUUAAGGAGGCCGUCAUAGUCAGCCCAGAUGCCGGCGGAGCCAAGAGGGCAACAGCUAUCGCCGACAGCCUGGGCAUGGACUUCGCCCUGAUCCACAAGGAGCGUCGGGGGACAAAGAUCUCCGAGACCCAGACCGCGACCAUGAUGCUAGUCGGUAACGUGACGGGCAGGGUGUGCAUCUUGGUGGACGACCUGUGCGACACGGGCAACACCAUCACGCGCGCCGCCAAGCUGCUCAAGAACCGCGGCGCCACGUACAUUUACGCCUUGCUAACGCACGGCGUAAUGAGCGGCGAGGCGAUUCCUAGAAUCAACGCCUCCGCCAUCGACAAGGUGAUCGUGACGAACUCGGUUCCACAGGCCCAGCACAAGGCCUUGUGCCCCAAGCUUGAGGUUCUGUCGAUAUCUCCCGUCUUCGCCGAGGCCAUCCGCCGUGUGCACCACGGCGAGUCGAUCAGCGUCUUGUUUCAUAACUGAAAUACCCCAACUACCUCGAUGCCCUUCACAGGCCUCAUCGAUCCCUAUGGGGCGUACGAUUUCACUCUCCGCACCCCUUCUCCUCCUCUUCCCAAGGUCUCGCACUGCAUCAGAAAAACCGCAUACACUCUUAGCGGCGUUUUGAACUGGCUGUUGUUUCCUGCUUCCUCUGGCUUGGUUUCAUUUUUUUGAAAAGUGGCGGUUUAAUGCUGCCCCGAAAACAAGAAAAAAGGCCGUAUUCUCGCAUUUGUUGCAUUUUUGGGAGGAAACAGUCCGGGAUUUGUGGAUCGUCCUUUUUGGUCUUUUUUGCAGCGUCACACGGCGAGGCCAGCCCGCAGCGGUCGUUGGACUACCUUUCCUCGCUGUUUCAUGACCUUGCUCUGGAGUUGGUUUCAUAACUGCCUAGAGCUGCCGGUAUAGAGGAGGUACCUUGUUUUUGCUUGUUUCCCCUGUUUCCUCUUUCCUGUCGUCUGUCCUUAUCCGCCGCGAACGAACGAAAGCUCCCCUGGAUGGAUACCUAGAAAUGGCCCCAGCAGCCUGCUAUAGGUGCGUAUGAACCGAAACGAGACGACGCCGUCGAUAACACCAAAUGACCAAAUGGCCCCAACACGAGGUCCCCCGGCAAAGUGGUUUGCCAGAUCCCACCGACGACCGCGCUGUCUCGGGACACGCCAACCCUCGAGUGCGUCUGCAGUUAAUCCUUUGGAGUUCGAAUCGGACGUCCCACGCCGGCUGAGGAAGGGGUUUCAAAAGGGACAGGCAGCCGGUCUUGCCCGAUGGCAGCCAAGCGAGUAGCCGUCUCGGGACGGGCAAAAAGCCCGCGCCCUGCUUUUGCUAUACAUACGUAAAAUCGCAUGCUUAUCUCCCCAUGUCUCGAAAUCUACGCACGUAGACCCGGGACGGAGUCGUAGGAGUGAAAUCAUUUUCCGAGGUGAGGGCCAUCUCUCCCUCUCUCUCUCACUAUCUAGCCGAGAGCGGCAUAAAUUGCUUUCUCGUCGUGUUUCGAUGGAAUGGGGGUUUGUUUGGCUUUGUAUGAACGGGAAAGGAGGCUGGUUGAUUACAGUCUGAAAAAGAAAAGACACAUGACCAGAUAUCUCACCUAUCAGUCGUGAUAUGUUGUGAGCUCAACGGCUAUGCUGAAUAACGGCAUCCGUUCAAACAAUCCAGGUUCAAAUUGCCGUCACGCCAGGCGCUGACUUUUACUUGAUCGUCGUGCUCAACUCUUUGUUGCU